AUGAUGCGUUUGUUCCUGCGCAACUGCUUGCCCAAAGACUUGCAGAUUUUUGGUUACGCACGCUCCAAGAUGACACAGGAAGAGUUCCACGAGCGCCUCUCGCCUUUCCUGCCCGGCACGUCGGAGGAAAAGGAGGGGUUCUUGAAAAUCUGCAAAUACAUUGUCGGCUCCUACGAUGAGGACGCCGCAUUCCAGGGGCUGACCAAGGAGAUAGAGGCACACGAGACCAAGAAUGGCGGCGAAGAUCGGAACCGUUUGUUUUACAUGGCACUCCCGCCCAACGUGUUUACCAAAGUAUCUGCGCAUCUGAAAAAGAACUGCUACUCGACUAACGGCACGAAUCGAAUUGUCGUGGAGAAGCCAUUUGGCAAGGAUCUUGAUAGCUGCAAGGAGAUGAUUGCCGCCAUGAAGGAGAUCUGGACAGAGCAGGAGACGUUCCGUAUCGACCACUAUCUUGGCAAGGAGAUGAUUAAAAACAUUAUCAACUUCCGCUUCAGCAACCCGACAAUCAGCGAAUCGAUGUCGAACAAAACAGUCGAUAAUGUACAGAUCACCUUCAAGGAGCCUUUCGGUACCGAGGGCCGUGGUGGAUACUUUGAUGAAUUUGGAAUCAUUCGCGAUAUCGAACAGAAUCACUUGUGCCAAGUGUUUUGUCUCAUGGCCAUGGAGGAGCCGAAGCACUUUACCGCCGAGGCGAUCCGUGACGCCAAGGUCAAUGUGCUCAAGCAGACCAAGACUAUUUCCACAGACGAUGUGCUUAUCGGACAGUACAGCGCUGCAAACGGCAAGCCGGGCUACAAGGACGACGACACCGUUCCAAAGGACAGCGUUACCCCCACGUUUGCUGCCCUCGUGCUCCACGUCGACAAUGAACGCUGGAAGGGCGUGCCAUUUAUUUUGAAGGCCGGCAAGGCGCUCGACGAAGGCAAGGUCGAUGUGCGUGUGCAGUACAAGAGCCCCACCAGCGAGCACUUUAAGGACGACGAUCGCAACGAGCUUGUGAUUCGCAUCCAGCCGAAAGAAGCCAUCUACUUGAAGAGCAACGUCAAGAUCCCCGGCCAGAACAAUGGAACCGUCCCGGUCGAGCUGGACCUGACCUACUCGAAUCGCUUCACCAAUGACUAUAUCCCGGAAGCAUACGAAUCGCUUAUUUACGACUGUCUCCGCGGCGACCACGCCAACUUUGUGCGUGAUGACGAACUGUUUGCUAGCUGGUCGAUCUUUACCCCGGUGCUCCAUGCGAUCGACGCUGGCAAAGUGCCGGUGAAGCCAUAUGCGUACGGCUCACACGGGCCCGCUGAGCUCGAGGAGUUCAUCGCAAAGUAUGGCUACAAGCGCAUGUCCAACUACGAGUGGUCCAAGACGAAUGUCGGCGAGCUCGAAAAGAGGCUGCACCGCGCUUGA